AUGCCCCUCGGAGAGUUCCGGGAGUCGGGGAGCCUCCCGGCCAUCGCCUCCCUGAACGCCUCCUACUCCACCUCCCUGUCCAUCCCGUCUCCGUACGUGUUUGUGCCGCCGUCAGAACGCAAGGCCAUCUCCGACGUCCGCCGCACCUUCUGCCUCUUCGUGACGUUCGACCUGCUCUUCGUCACCAUGCUCUGGAUCAUAGAGCUCAAUUACGCCAACAACAACAUCUGGGACCGUUUGGACUUUGAGGUCGUACAUUAUGAGUUUGAAACUUCCUUCUUUGACAUAACUCUCCUCGCUCUGUUUCGCUUCCUGUGUCUUCAAUUGGGCUACGCUGCCUUCAAGCUCCGGCACUGGUGGAUGAUCGCCGUAACCACUCUAGUGACCAGUGCCUUCCUCGUCGCCAAAGUGGUCAGAAUGUCUCAUCUCAUGUCGGAUAAUGCGUUUGGCUACGUGCUUCCCGUCACCUCCUUCGUGCUGGCCUGGUUAGAGACCUGGUUCCUGGACUUUAAGGUUAUCACUCAAGAGGCCGACGAUGAACGAGCGUACUUGGCAGCGGUGAAUGCGGCGUGCGAGCGGGCCCCCAUGAUCUACCCCCAAGCCAUUUCCGAGGGCGGCCAGUUCUACUCCCCGCCCGAGUCUCUGGCAGGCUCAGAGGAGGACCUGGAUGAGGAAGGACUGGGACGCAGAGCCGUUACAGCACAGGAGAAGGAGUUUGUGCGGCAGGGACGAGAGGCGCUGUCGGUGGUGGAGCAGAUUCUCUCUCAGGAGGAAAACUGGAAGUUUGAAAAGAACAAUGACAUGGGUGACUCUGUUUACACACUGGAGAUUCCCUUCCAUGGAAAGACUUUUAUACUGAAGGCUUUUAUGCAGUGUUCGGCAGAGCUGGUUUACCAGGAGGUGAUAUUACAACCGGAGAAGAUGGUUCACUGGAACAAGACCGUGUCAGGCUGCCAGAUAUUGCAAAGAGUGGAUGACAACACUCUCGUAUCGUGGGAUGUCUCAGCCGGAGCAGCAGGGGGCGUUGUUUCUGCGAGGGACUUUGUAAACGUGCGGAGAAUCGAGCGCAGGAAAGACUGCUACCUGUCUGCUGGCAUGGCAACCGAGCACGACGCCAAACUCCCCAGCGCCCGCUUCGUCCGAGGAGAAAACGGUCCUGGUGGGUUUGUGGUCCUGAAGUCCAGCAGUAACCCGUCCGUCUGCACCUUUAUUUGGGUUCUCAACACAGACCUCAAGGGCCGACUUCCACGCUACCUCAUCCACCAGAGCUUAGCAGCGACCAUGUUUGAAUUCAUGAGUCAUUUACGUCUGCGCAUCAUUGAGAUCCGGGGCUCGGGGCGGUCCCAUCACCACCAGCAUCCUUAA